ACGUAUAUCAUAGUUGGAGAUGUUCACUUUUAAACACACAGCACAAACACACACACACUCACACACAGACACACACAUACGAACAUGCACACACACACACGCGAACAUACAUGAACACACACACAGACACACGCACACAUUGGACUUGAUUUACUACAGCCUUACCACACAACAAACAGCAAACAGUGUGCAGUCUUAGGAGAGAAUGGAAAGUUCUUAUACAUAUUUAUAUCGAUUUCAAUUGUGCUUUGUAGUCGGAUUUACAAUAUCGGAUUAGUGGUGUUAAGAAAAUGGUUUAAGAAUUAAUAGCGCUGCUAAUAAGAGAUUCUUCCCAGCAAGAGUAAUAGUAGUACUAUUGACAAAUCACCAUAACCAAUUCCAGCAGGUGAGUGCUGCAAGUCAUACAUAUCGUAGCACCAUGUGAAACGAGCAACAGAAUGGAAGCCUCUUUCUGGAAAUUUAUCAAAUGAACGCAGAAACCUUGUAAAUAAACACACACGCAAACAUGCACAUGUAUAUAGACAUAUAGACAUAUAAAUAUAGAUAGAUAGAUAGAUAGAUAGAUAGAUAGAUAGAUAGAUAGAUAGAUAGAUAGAUAGAUAGAUAGAUAGAUAGAUGUCGCAAGAUACAUAUUAUACAACAACGUAUAAACUCAUUUAUAAGAUAAAAACAGAGUUAACUGCAACAAGUUUCUUAACUCUUAUAAAUUGUACCGUAAAUAAUUAAGGAACUAAACUACAUAUAUCACCAUGGAUAAUGAUUUCAAACAAUUAAUAGCGAAAUUAAAUGAUUCCGUUCUGAUUGAUAAACUGUUACAAGGAAUGCAUAUUUCCUGGGAAGAAUCUAUGCAGCCUGAUUUGAACCACAUAAAACUUGGUCCUAAACGAGAGGAAUUAACUAAGGUUAUUCCCAUGACAAUUGUCUACAGCAUAAUAUUUUUCACUGGAAUUAUAGGAAAUGUGUGUACUUGUAUUGUUAUUGCUAAAGCAAAAUAUAUGCGAACUACGACAAAUAUUUACUUGUUCAAUUUGGCGGUUGCCGAUUUACUUGUUCUUAUUCUCGGCCUUCCUUUCGAGAUCUACACAUUUUGGUCAGCUUACCCUUGGAUUUUCGGGGAGGCGUUUUGCUACCUCCGAAACAUGGCAUCUGAAACAACAACAUGCGCAUCUGUUCUGACGAUAACAGCAUUCACAAUUGAAAGAUACAUGGCAUUUUGUCACCCGACAAAGGCGCCAUCUAUAUCAAAUUUAACUCGUGUUACUAAAAUAUUGGUAGUGAUUUGGUUUCUUUCUGGAUUACUCGCAAUACCGCUAACAGUUCAAUUUGGUAUUGUCUACGUAAAAGAUGAAAAAAAUAAAUCUAUUAAAGAAUCGGCUCAAUGUACGCUAAAACAAAUUGACCAUUCCAGUCCACUCUUUGGUAUUUCAGCGUUUUUGUUUUUCAUUCUACCAAUGACCAUUAUUAGCGUUAUGUAUGUUUGUAUUGCACUGGCUAUUCGGAGGUCAACACUGCAGAGAUCUCUUUCGGAUCGUUCUGCUAAUAGAAAAGGCUAUCCAACAUGCUUCCCAGGUGACAGGCAGAGUCAGGCCAGAAAAGCUGUCGUCAAAAUGCUAGUUGCUGUUGUGGUAGCCUUUUUCAUUUGUUGGGCGCCGUUUCAUAUCCAACGCCUCAUGGUGUUUUAUGUAAAGGAGUGGACAAUAAAGCUGCGUCGAGUAGAAAAGAUAAUAUUCUACAUAUCAGGAAUUUGUACUACUUCAGCGCGACAAUCAAUCCUAUACUGUACAACAUAAUGUCCGUCAAAUUUCGACAGGCUUUCAAAAUGACAUUGCUGAACUUGUGUAGUAAAAACACUCCGAGAAAUCAUACAUUCAUGCUGUACAGAUAUACAUUUAAAGAUCGGAAAC